AUGGCUUUAAUCUUCUCUGACAAGUCUGUAGCCAGUCCUGUUUCUCCACCGCUGCACAACUUCGGGGAGACAAGAAGCCCCAAGGCCUUCAGUACCUACACACCAAACCCUCAGCCCAGGCGGGAGUUGGUAGAAGCACAAGUCAAAGGAAUCGCUGGAUUCUCAGGUGACUUGGAUGAAGAAAGUCAAGCCCGUGAGCAAGAAGGGCCGCGAUCUGCUCUGUGUCCACCGUUCUCCUCCCCCUCCCCUGUACCCCGGCUGGGAGUCCCGGGCACCCAGCAAGGACGCUGGACUGACCUCGGGGUCUGGUCUGUUCCUGCCACUCCGCCGCCCUGUAACCUGGAACCUCUCUGGGUCUCCGUGCUCAAGGCCCCAGAGCGGGUGAAUCGUCGACUGGGAACGAGGGGUCUUCCCGCAGCAGCGGCGCAGGGAGGCGCAGCGCGUGCAGGCCGUGGGGUUAGGGGACAGGGCUGGACGCCAGGAGGGGUCCCCAGGGCCACCCUGAGGGAGGGAAAGAACAGAGCCCCGAGCCGGGGCGUCGAGGGGGCUGAGGAGCGUCCUCCUGUGCUCCAGGUCCAUCAGGUCACCUGGGGGCGAGGACCGGCCACGCCACGCACGACGAGGCGUCUACACUGUGGAUGCGCGUGGUCAGUGCAUGGGGCCUGUUCUUUAGAGGAGGAUGUGACCCCGAAGGAAGAGGGCGCGCUGGAUGAGCCGGCGUGCUGGACGGAGCGGGGACAGGAGCGGGGACGGAGCGGGGACGGAGCGGGGACAAGAGCGGGGACGGAGCGGGGACAAGAGCGGGGACGGAGCGGGGACGGAGCGGGGACAAGAGCGGGGACAGAGCGGGGACGGAGCGGGGACGGAGCGGGGACGGAGCGGGGACAAGAGCGGGGACAAGAGCGGGGACAGGAGCGGGGACGGAGCGGGGACAAGAGCGGGGACGGAGCGGGGACAAGAGCGGGGACGGAGCGGGGACGGAGCGGGGACAAGAGCGGGGACGGAGCGGGGACGGAGCGGGGACAAGAGCGGGGACGGAGCGGGGACAAGAGCGGGGACGGAGCGGGGACGGAGCGGGGACAAGAGCGGGGACGGAGCUGGGACGGAGCGGGGACGGAGCGGGGACAAGAGCGGGGACAGGAGCGGGGACGGAGCGGGGACAAGAGCGGGGACGGAGCGGGGACAAGAGCGGGGACGGAGCGGGGACGGAGCGGGGACGGAGCGGGGACAAGAGCGGGGACAGAGCGGGGACGGAGCGGGGACGGAGCGGGGACGGAGCGGGGACAAGAGCGGGGACGGAGCGGGGACGGAGCGGGGACGGAGCGGGGACAGGAGCGGGGACAGAGCGGGGACGGAGCGGGGACGGAGCGGGGACGGAGCGGGGACAAGAGCGGGGACGGAGCGGGGACGGAGCGGGGACAAGAGCGGGGACGGAGCGGGGACAAGAGCGGGGACGGAGCGGGGACAAGAGCGGGGACGGAGCGGGGACGGAGCGGGGACAAGAGCGGGGACAAGAGCGGGGACGGAGCGGGGACAGGAGCGGGGGCGGAGCGGGGACGGAGCGGGGACAGGAGCGGGGACGGAGCGGGGACAGGAGCGGGGACGGAGCGGGGGCGGAGCGGGGACAGGAGCGGGGACGGAGCGGGGACAGGAGCGGGGACGGAGCGGGGACAGGAGCGGGGACAGGAGCGGGGGCGGAGCGGGGGCGGAGCGGGGACGGAGCGGGGACAGGAGCGGGGACGGAGCGGGGACGGAGCGGGGACAGGAGCGGGGACAGGAGCGGGGACAGGAGCGGGGACGGAGCGGGGACAGGAGCGGGGGCGGAGCGGGGACGGAGCGGGGACAGGAGCGGGGACGGAGCGGGGACGGAGCGGGGACAAGAGCGGGGACAGGAGCGGGGACGGAGCGGGGACGGAGCGGGGACAGGAGCGGGGGCGGAGCGGGGACGGAGCGGGGACAGGAGCGGGGACGGAGCGGGGACGGAGCGGGGACGGAGCGGGGACAGGAGCGGGGACGGAGCGGGGACGGAGCGGGGACAAGAGCGGGGACAGGAGCGGGGACAAGAGCGGGGACGGAGCGGGGACGGAGCGGGGACGGAGCGGGGACAGGAGCGGGGACAGGAGCGGGGACGGAGCGGGGACAGGAGCGGGGGCGGAGCGGGGACGGAGCGGGGACAGGAGCGGGGACGGAGCGGGGACGGAGCGGGGACAAGAGCGGGGACAGGAGCGGGGACAAGAGCGGGGACGGAGCGGGGACGGAGCGGGGACAGGAGCGGGGACAAGAGCGGGGACAGGAGCGGGGGCGGAGCGGGGACGGAGCGGGGACAGGAGCGGGGACAAGAGCGGGGACGGAGCGAGGACGGAGCGGGGACAGGAGCGGGGACAAGAGCGGGGACGGAGCGGGGACGGAGCGGGGACAGGAGCGGGGACAGGAGCGGGGGCGGAGCGGGGACGGAGCGGGGACCGAGCGGGGACGGAGCGAGGACAGGAGCGGGGACGGAGAGGGGACAAGAGCGGGGACGGAGCGGGGAUAGGAGCGGGGACGGAGCGGGGACAGGAGCGGGGACGGAGCGGGGACCGAGCGGGGACGGAGCGAGGACAGGAGCGGGGACGGAGAGGGGACAAGAGCGGGGACGGAGCGGGGAUAGGAGCGGGGACGGAGCGGGGACGGAGCGAGGACAGAGCAGGGACGUGGGCCCGCCCCGGCUCCCCCUGCCGGGGCCCGCGGGGACCCCCCCCCCUCCCCGCACAGCCAGCUGCUCCGACCACGUGGCGCGGGCCGCAGCCGGGUCGCCAAGGUCCAGCCCAGGAGCCCUGGUUGAUCCCAGGCAGGGGAAUUAAAGACGGUGAGAGAAUGAUGAUGCCAUUCGUGAAACCCGAAAGUGAGGCAGAAGAGUCUACUCGGCAGAAAUUUUGCUCAGAAAUGGACAUACUGGUUGGGCAAGCAGAGGAAGAUAUCAGGCAGGAGCCGACGAGGCAAGGCCCAAGUCAGGGGAGGGGUCGGAGCCCGAGGUCUAGAGAGGGGGAAUCUACAAGAGGCUCGGAGGAUCAUGAGAACUGCAAGAUCUAUGAGGAGAGCGCCAGAGAGCUGCUCAUCCGAGUUUUGGAUAAAACAUGCUGUUUGUAUUUGGAGUCCCUCAACAUGCAGCUGUGCCGUGCACGCAGUACACACGGGUUUUCAGGAGCCUUCCUCACGGAACGAGGGCGGGGACUGAAGGACGCAGUAAAGGGCCUGCGCCGCUUCACAGCGGCCACGGAGCAGCAGACAGUUCAAGGUUCUGACUCGCACGCUUGUCUGUUGGUCCAGACAGUCGGCCUGCGGGUGAGUGAGCCGUGCUCCUGCAUCCCACCGUCCUGUAGAAUUGGGCUCUCCACCUCCCCCCACCCAGGUGCCAUUCCCACCGUGACGGGGCAGCGCGUUUACAGGGGUCCAUACUCGUAA